UACUGGUGGUUCACUUGAAGAACGAAUCAGUAAGUGAUCCGUUCAUGUACUGGUGGUUCACUUGGAGAUCGAAUCAGUAAGUGAUCGGUUCAUGUACUGGUGGUUCAUUUGAAGAACGAAUCAGUAAGUGAUCCGUUCGCGAACUGACUCGAGUCAGUGACGCAACGCGACCCAACACUAACCCCUAAAUUCCACCGGGUCCGUCUGUGUCGCGUAUUGGAAGCCUUGCAUCAUCGAGAGUAAUACGCGCCCAUUAAAGUCAAUGUAUCAACCUCCACUGCCUCCGUAGUGCUCAGUUUCAGAAGCGUCACAGAAGCGUCUUGAUGCUUGGCCACGCGAGUAUUUGGUCGCUGUUCUAUUUUUGACGCUCGAUGCGAGCCACACGCGUUAAGCUGGACAGAGAGCGGAUCGUUCGGACAGGAAGUCAGACAGAAAUUGCAGAGCGAAUCCGGUUGUUUUUCACAAUAAAACACCAUGAGCAGACUCCGGGUCGUAUUUCCUGUCGCUAGAUCAACAUUAUGCUAUCAUUCCGUAGCAGUUCUAGUUUUGACGGAGCCAUUGCUAAACCGCGCCAAGCUCAACAGAGCAGAUUGCAUCAGGACAGGAAAUCCGACACAGAAUCAACGUAGAACACUUCCACCCCCUUUCAAAAUAAAACACAAUACGCUGUUCACCUAACCUUACAACUUCACAUCAACAUUACGUCAUGGUCGAAUUGAAGUGGAGCAGCAUAAAAUCAUUUAUGAUACAACACAUUCAUUUUAUAAGGACAAUACAAGAAAGGACAAAGGCUGGAAUGUAAUCCCGCAGUUUCGUGUACGUCCAGGAUUAUCGCGUGAUAUCGUGUGAAUAUGGCUGGCUCACAAGCGAGCGCUACGCUGCCGUUCCGCGCCCGUGUCUUGCCCGAUAUUGGAAGUCAGGCACCCAGCUGUAGCAGCCUCGGAUCAGCACAACAAAAAGCCUUUACUUCGGAAGAUGACGUGAGCCCCAGUGACAUGGAAGGUGAUCACCCCCCAUCCUCCCCAAAUAUUAGUGAGUCGUCAGACAGUGAUGUCACUUCAAGACUCCUAAGACAUUCCAAGCGUCAUCACACUAGAGCACUCACACCCUCACCUGCAACUCAGGCUCACCCUGGGCAAUCUCAUAUGAGAGUCAAAGGGCCAGCAGAGGUCAUCCAGCGAUACAAAAAAGUUCUGAAAACUUUUUCCUGGGUCCGAACGAUGUCUGAAGCUUUCUGCAUCAAUGCUGUGGGUAGAGGCACCAUUAAGAUGACAGCACCGAUUGCAGAAUUGAAAUAUGUGGACCCAGAAAAAUUUGCAUCCUUGAAAUUUGACCCUGCAGUGGAGACCCUCUUGGCCUUUGCCAGGAAAUGCGCGCGUAACAUCACCUCGGAAAAACAAACCGUGAUCGAGGAUAUGAAAUCCCAAGGGAACACUCCUCCCUUUGCUAAUAAUGUAUUAAGAGGUUGUUUAAAAACAGUUAAAGAAAAGGCUUGGUUUAAAAACAUUUAGGAAAUGUCAAGCUAAUCCUACCAGUUGUUUUGUUGUUUGACUGGUCUUCAAUUUGGACUCAGGACUCGGUUUACAAUUGAUUACAUUUAGCCUUAAUGGCUGCAGAAAGGCAGACUUAAUUUUUUUUCUCCUUUUUAAACUGUUGUCUGCUGUUUACAGGAUGUUUUGCAUUGACCUGAGUCUUUGCAUUUAUUUUUGUUAAGAUGAAUGUAUGGCGUGACUGUUUACAGUUUACAAUAAAUGUACUUGUACUAAC